AUGGCAAGCUUCGCAGCGCCCGCCUAUCCUACUUCGUAUUCUAUACCCCACCAAUCGCAAUCGCAGGCGAAGACCCAACAGCAGGCACGCGCAGUGUAUCCAUCGAACCCGCAAUGGUCCCAACUACCACCCCCACCGUUUCCGGGCGCGCCGCCGAUGCCUUCGAACGUGGCGGUGAAUCCUCAGCAGUGGAAUGCCGGCUACUGGCAGUACAACCCCGCCUAUAACCCCGCCGCGAACUCGCAGGCGCGGUACGUGCCUUGGAUCCCAAGCCAGCAGUGGAUGCCUCCGCAACAGCAGCAGCCGCACUCCCAGGCUUCCCAGCAGGCCGCUCAGCCACAGCAGCAGCAGCAGCAACAACAACAAGCGUCAUACAACCCAUACAAACGAGUACCUCGACCUCCAAGUGCCGAGUAUCUCGCAACGAAGCUCUCAGACAACCCGUUAGGGCUGACGAACAUGGUGCCAGCUGAGGUACUGUACGAGAGCGGGACGCUGCCCGACGACAUUAAGACGCCGUGGAUCUGGAAUCCCCGGACGCUAGACGACGUUGAGGAGGAGGAGGAUGAGGAAGGGAACAAGGUCCACUAUGGCCACAGGAAUAACACCACGUCGCCUGUUCCGAACCGUCGCUCGACCGAUCCCUCUACGAACUCGACGCCGAAGAUGGAGCUCAAACCGACGUUCUCGACGGGCAUCAUCCGUACGCCGGACCACUACAAGAAGGAGAAGGAGAGGGAAGUGUCAGCAUCGCCAUCGCGCGUGUCAUCCAAGGGCUCGCGGAGCUCUCUCGACUCUCAACUGUCGGCACGGAUGUCGAACCUCAGCACGGGAUCCAGCUCGUUCGGAUCGAUGAGCAGCGCGGCGACGUCGUUCACGUCCAUGAGCUCCGCCUCGCCGACCAAGCGCGACUUCUCGCCGUCGCCCAUGCUGACGGACCAAAUCUCCGAGGAACCGGCGAGCAUGCUCUCCCCACUCGUCAUCGGGUCAACCCCGAAACUCCCAGGUCCGAGCCCGCUGCGGCAGCCUCUACGAGCGCAGGCGACCCACCCUGUGCUCGCGCCAAUCGAGGAAUCGUCAAGCUCUCGCGGCGAGCCAGCGUACCCCAACCCUCUCAGACACGCGGAGACGAUGCCUAACCCGUCGAAGGCAGACCACUGGCGGAUUCCGGACCGAGACCGAGACCGAGAACGUGACCGUGACCGUGAUCUUCGACGAGAAAGUAGCAACAGUACCAGACGCUCGAAGGCUCCAGAGCCGGAAUACUCCCACCAGCAUUAUUCUUCGACGCUUGGAACAAAGCACGCGGUGUUCGUAGCACCACCGGAACCGUCGCGUGGCUCUGCGUCGCCCACAUCGCCGCCUCACAGUGCUGGAUCACGAGCUGCGCCUUCGCCCCAACCUUCACGUUCGAACUCGCGCCGUUCGUCAACGCAUGCUUCGCCGACGUAUCCUUCCAGCGGAAGCCUCAAUUUCACACCGCCGAAUCAGGCUGUUUCUCCACGGCACUCACCCCCGUCGGGUUCAGGUUCGACACGGCCGAGCCCUCCCUCUCGCCGCGAUUCAGCCUCAGCUGCCUCUACAUCUACUACCUCGACUAUCACAGGGCCAUACGGUCACCCGAUGCACGGACAUGCGACCUCGCCACCCCCUCUGGUCCCAACGAAUCCUCUUCCUGACCCACCGCGCUGGAUGCAUGAGCGGGAUUACCGCCAGGCCGACCAGCUCCACUUCCAGACCAACUCUCACACGAAUGGCAUCUCUUCUUCAUACAAUGCCCAAGCUUCGCGCGUUGUAUCCCCUCCUCCUGCCCCACCACCACCGCCUGCUAUUCACCCACCGAAGCCCAAGCCUAUUCGCAAGGGCUUCUGGAACAGGCGCGGCGACCACCUCACCCAGUCGGGCUACAUUGUCUAUGCACCACCACACCGCACCUUCCCUGAGGAGCUCCAGAACUAUCCUGCCGAGGAUGAAGGAUACCAGGACGAGAAGGAGGUAUUCUCGUCCUGUUAUCCGAGGCGGCCGGAGCUGCCAGAUAGCCUGCCCAGGAUGGGCAAGCCUCCCGACAGGCCAUACGAUAGUUUCGUGGUGUAUUUGACACCGGAGGAGGCGAGGAGAGCGAGAGAAGCUGCUAGGCAGAAGUCAGUGGCGCCGCGUUUGGCCGCCUAG